AUGCAGAGGCUUGUUUAAUGCUUUCAAAGCUUUACCCAGCAAUACAGUUUAUACAUUCAUCAAGGAAGAAACCUUAUGGUUUAUUUAGAUAUGUGAAAUUCUACGUGCUACAGGACGGGUUUCACGGCCAAAAAAAAAAAACCUCACCCCAUUCGCAGCGCCCCCCACUCCCCGCACUUCGCCUGCCCCUCGCCUUUUCAUAUAACUAGCUGAAUAACCGUAUUGAAGAUAGCUUUGGCAGCCACUGAGAAACACCGGAGGAACGUAACUUUACACGAAUUGCUAAGGUCUACCAUUUUUGCGCGAAAUGGCGAAGUGCGGAGGCUGUGGACCUGGGUACAAAAGUCCCCUCGAUGCCAUGAAGGGGCCUCAUGAGGAGAUUGUGUAUGUGCCCUGCAUUUACCGCAACACCGACAUCCAGAAACCUGAUUACCUUGCUACCGUAGAUGUGGACCCUAAGUCAACCAACUAUUGCAAGGUGAUCCACCGGUUGCCCAUGCCCAACCUGAAGGAUGAGCUGCACCACUCUGGAUGGAAUGCCUGUAGCAGCUGCUUCAAUGAUGCCUCCAAGAAGCGUAACCGCCUGAUCUUGCCCUCCCUCAUUUCCUCUCGGAUCUACGUGGUAGAUGUGGGCACAGACCCCCGUGCCCCUCGCCUGCACAAGAUUGUGGAGCCGACUGAGCUCUUCUGGAAGUGUGGCCUGGCUAACCCGCACACUACCCACUGCCUGGGAAGUGGUCAGAUCAUGAUCAGCACAAUGGGAGAUCCCUCUGGCAAUGGCAAGGGUGGCUUCAUCUUGUUGGAUGGAGAAACAUUUGAGGUUAUUGGGAACUGGGAGCUGCCAGGUGAAGCUGCCCCUUUCGGCUAUGACUUCUGGUACCAGCCACGACACAAUGUGAUGAUGAGUACAGAAUGGGGUGCUCCAAAGGCAUUGGCAAAUGGCUUCAACCCUGAAGAUGUCAAAGCAGGUCACUAUGGGCGAUGCAUCCAUGUUUGGGACUGGACCACUCACAAACAUCUACAGUCCCUGGAUCUCGGAGAAGAAGGCGCCAUUCCCUUGGAGAUCCGAUUCCUGCAUGACCCCGCAGCCUCAGAGGGCUUUGUGGGUUGUGCACUUAAUGCCACAGUCUUCCGCUUCUACAAGACUCAGAAGGGGGACUGGGCUGCGGAGAAGGUCAUCAGUGUUCCCAGUAAGAAGGUGGAAGGAUGGGUCCUGCCACAGAUGCCAAGUCUGAUUACAGAUAUACUGAUUUCCCUGGAUGACCGCUUCCUGUACUUCAGUAACUGGCUGCACGGUGACAUUCGGCAGUAUGACAUCACAGAUACCAGGAACCCACGCCUAGUGGGCCAGGUGUUUCUGGGAGGUAGCAUUCAGAAUGAUGGUCCAGUCAAAGUCCUGGAAGAUAAGGAGCUAGACCAGCAGCCACCACCUUGUGUGAUAAAGGGAAAGCGGAUUCAGGGAAGCCCACAGAUGCUGCAGCUGAGCCUGGAUGGCAAGAGGUUGUAUGUCACCACUUCUCUGUACAGUGGCUGGGACAAGCAGUUCUACCCCAAUCUCAUUAAGGAGGGCUCUGUGAUGAUGCAGAUCGACGUGGACACAGCAAAGGGGGGCCUGAAGCUCAACACAGAUUUCCUGGUUGAUUUUGGGAAGGAACCCGAUGGACCUGCUCUUGCCCACGAGCUACGAUACCCUGGUGGAGACUGCACCUCAGACAUUUGGCUGUGAACAGAAGGGUGACACACUCCACCCCUUAUGUAUUCGAUGAAAGUAUCUCGCCAAGGGACCAAGCAUUGCCGGUUUUGUCAAAAUAAUAUUGCAUCAUUCCCUCCAAGGCUUCGAACCCAAAUUUUUUUCAAAAUGUUCUGGUAGGAGCGGAAACAGUAUUUCUGUCCCUCAUAAAAUAAUGUUCGUUUUUGGUUUCCGUUUUCAUUUUCGUUCCUCAAACCCUCUCGAAGCCCUGGUACCCUCUAAGCUUGAAAUCAUUGCAUACAUGCAUCAAUCAUUUGCCAUGUGCUUUGGAAGUCUUUCCUGGAAGACAGUAAAAAUUAUUUCACUGCAGUAACAUAAGAGAGUGUAAAUUAUGUA